AAACAGGCAAGGAAAGAAAGAAAAAGUAGGCCCCGGCGGCUGCCCACGCCUCUCCUCCCUCCCAAAACCGGCAACUCGUCUCGUCAGCAACAACACCGCCGCGGCGCAUUACACGCACGGCACAGAUUCACAGCAAGCCGCCCCCCUUCCCCUUCCCCCCACCGCCGACGUGCCAAGCAAGAACCUCCCUCUUCCUCCCCCACCGCCCAAGAACCGAGGAUACCGGAGACAUGCCACCGAGGGGGAGGAAGCACUGGUGCAAGCACUGCAAGAGGAGCUUCCCUUCCGGGGCCUCGCUUGGAGGCCACAUGGCGGUCCACAGGAACAGGCGCAAGAAACAGCCGAGUCGCACGCCGAGCAUCGACGGCGAGAGGUACGGCCUCCGGGAGCGGUGCCAGAAGACGUCGUGGCUGCUGGAUUCCGUUUCCAGCGACGACGAUCGAUGGGCGUUGUUCCCCAAGACUGAAUGCCAGCUGUGCUUCAGGUCUUUUGCGUCCCCUGAUGCCCUGUCCAUGCACAUGAGGACGCACAAGCGCCGCCGGAAGAUGGCUGUGGAGCACCAGGCAGCAGUAGGUGAUGGUGAUGAUCUCAAUGUUCCUGUACCUGCUGCUCCAGUGAUGAGGAAGAAGAGGUCGAGGAGGAUGGUUCUGGACACUGUUCCAUCCCCUGUGAUGGAGGCGUAUGGGAUGGAGGAGGUCGAUGCCGCGUGCAUUCUUGUGAUGCUUUCAGGAGAUCAUGGCAUGUGCCCAGCUUUUGUUGAUUGUGGUGAAGGUGGUGAGAUGGACGACGUGGCGUUCGAUGCACUCAUGACAGAGAUGGGGCUGACUUCUCCUGAUCAUCAUGGCCCAGUUGGAGACAAUGAGUUGAUGGAGCCAGAGCCUUCUAGCUCUUAUGAGGAAGUGAAGUUUGUCAGCCUAUCAAAGGUGUUGAAGGCAACAGCUAACUACGAAUGCAAGAUUUGUGGGCAGGUCUUCACGUCUGGUCGGGCAUUGGGAGGCCACAGAAAGCGUCACAGUUUUGCUGAUCAUGGUAGAGCUCCAACUGUUACCAAAUCUGAAGCGACUCAACCUUGUGAAGAGCUGGUUCCACCAGAUCACCGGUCGCUCGUUCUCAACCUGCCAUCUCCCAGCAUAUGGAAUUGCAACACCGCAAGACCAAAGCCUGAACCGAACCAACUGUUGGUCGCAAGCAGCCUUUGGGAUGAACGAAUGCUGGGUGUUAUCUGAAAGUGGUUACAGUUUCUUCAUAAGUCUUGUAGCAAAUCCACAUUUUUUUUGCUAGGCAAUCGAUAGCCAAAGAGUAUGAUACCAGGAAUUGUCUCUGUAGUAUGUACAAUCGUUAUGGACAACUCUGUCUUUUGGAUUUGGCAGUUUUCUUACAUGUUGCACUGCCUUUUUUGGUUCCCAAACAUUGCAAUGUACCCAUUAACAAUCAGGGCAUUAGUUUCUAGAUUGGUUAUUCCCUAGUAGAGAGCAGUGUCGUCCAGGUUGCAGCAAUUCAAUUUCAUUUUAAA